AUGUCUUCCAUCAGCGAUAUUCUUACUACUCUACAACAACUAUCAUCAGCUAUUGAAAACGUGUAUUCCAAUUUCAAAAAAGACGGGUCAGAUAGAAAAAAUGCAGGAUAUAUCAAGCGUAGAUUGGAUACUCUGGACAGUUAUUGGUUCGAGUAUGACAAAAACUACAGAAUGUUAUCACAGCUAGAUUUAGAUGAAUCAAGUAGAAAUCAAAUAGAUCAAGAGUAUGUACAAGAAAAAGAGAGAUUCGAUAUCAUUAGAGCUGGAAUCCAGAACUAUCAGACAUCAAAAGAGUCUCCUGUCGUCUCUCGACCUGAGACACCAUUAUUAAAACCUCCAACAUUUGUGGCUCCUGAUCCGAGUGAGUCACACAUCAGUCUCAAAACCGCUACCAAAACAUCCUCUUCUGCAUCAAGUAGAACAGAAGAGGUGUUAAAGAAACAGCAGAGCAAUUUUAAAGCACUUCAACGAACUAUAAACAAAAUAAACAUAGCAUCAAUAACAGAAAAGUGGGAGUUUGAGGAUCUACUACGCAUUCUCAACACUCGUUGGGGCGUUAUUGACGCUCUACAUUGGGAGUUAGAUAGCGAACUUAACGGGUCAAACAAGCAGUAUGAGGAAGCCUUUGCGUAUUAUGAACAAGAAUACGACAACAUCAAAAAGGCCAUAAACAAAAAAAUGUGGUCUGUAGCACAUCAAGAAAAAUCCACUCCAAGAUUAGAAGUACCAUCUUUCAGUGGAAGCUACCUAAACUGGGUCUCUUUCAAAGACCUUUUUACUGAAACGAUCCACAACAAUCCUUCAAUGUCAGCCGCGCAAAAGAUGCAGUAUCUAAAAACAAAAGUGAAAGGAGAAGCCGAAAAGCUAAUCCAACACUUACACGUCAGUUCUGACAACUACACCGUCUGUUGGGACAUUCUCAAUCAGAGAUACAACAAUAAAAAACUUAUAUUUACAUCUCAUGUAAAUAUCCUAAUGAACAUCCCGGUUGCGCAUCAACAAACUGCAGCGCAUCUUAAACGUAUUCACGAUAAUACUCUGGAAUGUCUCAACGCCAUAAAAAAUUUGGGAAUUGACAUCAGCUCGUGGGAUCCUCUUCUUGUGCAUAUUUUAACACAAAAAUUGGAUACCCAAUCAUAUACAGAUUACGUGGAGUCUGUAAACGACCCUAGAGAACUACCAACACUUGAGGAAUUAUUACAUUUCUUAGAAACCAAAUUUACCAUACUGGAAUCAGCGCGUAGAAAACAAGAUAACGUCAUACCAAAAAAUCAAGCAUCAAAUCAGGGGUCAAAGUAUCAAAGUAAUAAUCAAUUCAAACAUUCAUUUUCUACAAACACCAAAAUAAUUCCGCAACCUACCUACAACACUAAAGUAGUGUCAUCAAAAAACACCAAGUGUUCGUUGUGCAAUAACGAACACGGCAUUUUUUUCUGUCCAAAAUUUUUAGAAAUGCCACCCUAUAAUAGACUCAAGACCGUAAACAGAUUAAACCUGUGUCCUAAUUGCCUCAAUGGACACCAUGGAAAACCAUGUUUAUCAGAUUAUGUUUGUCGCGAGUGCAAUAAAGACCACAAUAGCUUGCUACAUGCCGCGUUUUCGCAAUCGCCACGCUCGACAACAGACACCGGAACGGGGGCUGCGGGCGCGCGAGGGGGAAACGCCAGCAAAAGUGCUAACGCUGGAAUUCAAGUCGGCGACAGCUCGCAAGCGACACAUGCAUGGGUUAAUGAACCCGUCCAAGUUCUACUUCCAACUGCAUUGAUCAAAAUACAAGCCAAUGACGGUACAGAUCACAUCAUGCGAGCCUUACUAGACCAAGGCUCACAAACAUCUUUAAUAACAGAACAUGCAGCCCAGCUCCUUAAAUUACCUAGAACGAGAUGCAAGGGAAUCGUUUCAGGUAUAGGAGACAAGGAGAGCAACUGCAAGGGUGUCAUCAGUGUAAGGUUUUCAUCAAUGGUCAGUGACUUUACAUUUGAAACUGAUGCUCUUAUAAUGAAACAACUUAUCAAACACUUACCAAAUCAAACAUUCACCAAACCAGAUUGGUCGUACCUACAUCAUAUAAGACUGGCCGACCCUGAAUUCCAUUUAAGCCGGCCGGUAGAUAUUUUGCUAGGUGCCGACGUAUACUCAACUAUCCUAAUGGAUGGUAUCUGCAGAGCAAGUUCAUCCCUCCCGACAGCUCAACAGACACAGCUCGGGUGGAUUCUGAGCGGCAACGCAAAAACUUUUCAAUGCAACGUCGUUCUACAGAACAUAGAUGAAAUUCAGAAGUUUUGGGAGAUAGAGGAGGUAGCUGAACAAUCAGAGCUAUCCUCCGAAGAUCAGCAAUGCAUCGACUUCUAUCAGUCAACCACACAAAGAAGGGAAGACGGAAGAUACGAAGUUUGUUUACCAUUGAAACCAAAUUAUCAGGAGAAAUUAGGGCAUUCAAGAUCAAAAGCCAUAGCACAAUUUUACAGAUUAGAACAAAAGUUAUCAAAAGACAAAAAUAUCGAUCAAGAAUAUAAGUUAUUCAUAAACGAGUACAUUUCGCUCGGACACAUGAUACCUGCUGACGACAACAUUCCUCGCCUUACAUGUCAUUUACCUCACCAUUGCGUCAUACGCGAACAAUCGACUACAACAAAAUUACGAGUUGUAUUCAAUGCCUCCAAUAAAACAUCAUCAGGACUAAGUUUGAAUGACGUAAUGUGCCGAGGACCAAAUCUCCAACAGGACAUUCAGAACCUCAUCAUCAAGUGGAGACAACAUCGUUUCGCGUUUACAGCUGAUCUCGAAAAGAUGUUUAGACAAAUCUGGCUGAGUGAAAAAGACCAAGACUUGCAGAGGAUCAUGUGGCGUGAUCAUCCUACAGAUCAGCUUAGGGAGUACAAAUUAUCCACUGUUACUUACGGGACGAAAGCAGCGCCAUUUCUUGCCAUGAUGACGCUUAAACAGCUGGCUCAGGAUGAAAGGCCGAACUUUCAAAAUAGUUCAGCUCCAAGCGUCCUCGAGGAGUCCUUCUACAUGGAUGACCUAAUCCAUGGUUCACAUUCGCUAGAAGCAGCUAAGCAAUUGCAAAACGAUAUGAUCAAUCUUUUAAAAUCAGGAGGAUUCCAUCUACGAAAAUGGAAGUCCAAUGCACCUGAACUUCUGGAAGGUGUACAUGCUGACCAGAAACCUCAAGAUUUUGACUUUAAACAAGCAGAAUCCACAAAAACUUUAGGGCUCGGAUGGAAUCCCGAACAAGACCAUUUCAUCUUUCAACCACAGAUUCCCAUAUCAGCAUCAAAAAUUACUAAGAGAUCACUGUUGUCAGACAUAUCAAAGAUAUUUGAUCCCUUAGGCUGGCUCGCGCCCCUCACAAUAAAGCUGAAAAUACUAUUUCAAGAUGUAUGGAAGGCGAAUGUUGAGUGGGACGAAUCAGUAUCAUCAGAUAUCAGCGAAAAGUGGAUAAAGAUCAAAUCAGAAAUAGACAUCAUCAACCAAUAUCAAAUACCGCGGUGGCUGCAAACGAAACACAGAGAUCGCAUUGAACUACAUGGUUUUUGUGACGCAAGCAAGAAAGCUUACGCAUGCGUCAUUUAUUGUAAAAUAAUAAAACCAAACAAUGAAUCAUCAGUAACAUUAGUUGCGGGGAAAACAAAAUUAGUCCCACUCAACAAAACUACGUCACUGCCUCGUUUAGAGCUUUGUGGGGCAGUAUUACUAUCAAAACUUACUAAUAAAGUCAAAGAAUGCCUAAGUAAUCACCUCAUCACCGUCUAUGGCUGGGUCGAUUCCAUGGUAGUACUAGGUUGGCUCAAUGGUGACGCAGAUAGAUGGAAACCUUUUGUUGCCAACCGAGUUAAACAAGUCGUGUCGUCGAUGGACCCCAGUUGUUGGCAAUAUAUCAAAUCAGAGGAGAACCCUGCCGACUGCGCCAGCAGAGGCCUGACCCCAUCACAGCUCAAGGAUCACUCUCUGUGGUGGCAAGGCCCUACGUGGCUUAAAUCAAUAAAUACCUACAAACCAAAAGAUGAAGAGAAGCAAUCAUAUAUCACUAAUCAGGACCUGAAACAAACCAAACAAGUUAAUGUAACACAAAUAUCAACAGGAAGUGAGAUCAUAGAACAGAUGUUAGAGAAGCAAAGCUCAUUAACAAAAGCAACAAGAAUAUUAGCAUGGAUACUGAGAUUAAAAAGCAAAGAACAGAAGCAGAAAUAUUUAACAUCAAAGGAGUUAAGAGAAGCAAGACUACUAAUAGUAAAACAUAUACAGCACAAAGAAUUUCCUGAGGAAAUAAUCAAUUUAUCUAACAACCAAAGUGUAAACAAGAAAAGCAAAAUAUAUAAUUUAUAUCCUACGUUAGACGAAAACAACAUAUUACGCGUCGGUGGUCGACUCAGAACUGCAAACAUGAAUUCUGAGAUGAAGCAUCCGGCUAUCAUACCAAGCCGUACCAGACUGGCAGAUCUUAUCAUAGAUCAAGCGCAUGAAUCCACAUUCCAUGGUGGGGCCCGCCUGACUACGGCUUUCAUACGUCAAAGGUAUUGGCUCCUUGGCGGAAACAAUGCCACUAAAAAACGUUUACGACUAUGUGUCAAGUGCAGGAAGCAUAGUCCUAGUCAACAACAUCAACUCAUGGGUGACUUACCUUCAUCAAGAACAAAUCCUUCACGCCCUUUCUAUCACUGCGGAGUAGACUACACAGGUCAUGUAGCUAUUAAAGCAAGUAAGGGUCGUGGGAUCAAAACCACCAAAGGAUAUGUAGCAGUUUUUGUUUGCAUGUCCACCAAGGCUGUACACCUGGAGCUGGUCUCAGAUUUAACGGCCUCCGCAUUCCUUGCAGCAUUACGCAGAAUGACGGCCCGGAGAGGAGUUCCAGGUCACAUCUACAGCGACCAAGGUACCAACUUCAUAGGAGCUAACAACAUUCUACAGCAAGAAUUAGCACAGCUACAAAGCUCCUUCAAUCAAGAAUUCAUGACAGAGGUAGCUAAUAUGGGCAUAGAAUGGCAUUUUAACGCGCCGUCUUGGCCAUCCGCAGGUGGUCUAUGGGAAGCCGCAGUAAAAAGCCUAAAAUACCAUAUGAAGCGAGUGAUCGGCGAGCAGAAGCUGACAUUCGAAGAAUUUACCACUAUUCUCACUCAAUUAGAAGGCUGCCUUAAUUCUCGCCCUCUCUGUCCACUCACAGAAGAUCCAGACGAACUAGAUUAUUUGACACCUUCUCAUUUCUUAUCUAGUGGACCUUCUUUAAUCAUUUAUGAUACUGAAACAGACUUGCGAACAAGAUGGCAUCUCACACAAAAGAUAUUCAAUGACAUCUGGAGCCGCUGGCGCAACCAGUUGAGACAAGAACUCAGCGUCAUCGCCGGACAGCUUCCGAAGGACCUGUCUAUACCUAUCAACAACUUUGGAGACCUAUCAGAGAUUUACAACCUCUUAAAAUGCUUAUUAAAGCUCCUAUGCGACGAUCAAGUUUCAGCGAUACAAAUGACUCACUCGGGAUUCUUUAAUGUCGACCGAGGUUGUACUAUCAAAUCAGCUGACUUCUUUGUCUACUCACAUAGGCAAGAUGUCAGCAAAAUUAGUAUACACUCUAAAAUUGCUUCACCAGAUAUUUCACCAAUAAAUCAUCUGAUCAAUGUCUCAAUACCACACAUUAUUAUAUCUACCAAUCAAUCAGAUCAGAUAGAUCACAAUAUGAAACUUCAGAAGAUCGAAGAAAGCAUAAAAACCAUGAAAGAAAGUCCAGCUUUGUAUGACGGAGUAUCCUUUCAUGACGUUCAUCACUAUGCGGCCAUAUUGGUCGGCAUCAUCGGAGUCGCCGGCGUCGUGUGGGCGUGGCGGCGCUGCAGGCGCGCGGGAGCGAGCGCCGCGCCGGCCCCAGCGGCGGCGCCUGCGCCGCUCCCAGCUCCGCGAGACAGUGUGCAAAGUGUUCAGUGUAGUGCGUCUAAUGAUGUUUAUAGUGUAGUGCGCGAAGUUCCUAAUACAAGUGCGCGAGUGUUAAAACAAAACAAGUGCUCGUCCCCUGUAGUGCUUCGGUCCGUGUUCAGUAUUUCGGAUGAGCGCAAAAAUUAG